GCUUUUGUUGUCUCUUCGUCAAAGUAGUCGUCACUGUUCUGUCUUCUUGCCACUACAAUGCGUUCUCUUCAGUAUCUCCCCUCCGUGGCAAUCUCUUACAGAACCCAAAGAGACGUAAACACCUCUCUCCUUCCUCGCCCAUCUCCCAUUAAAACACGUAAUUAUCCUCUACCGUUGAGGGCAGCGACGUCAACUGACGAAAUUCCCCCUAACGCCGUUCGCCGGAAAACAGACAGCAACUGGAGAGGAGGGUUCAGUCUCGGCGUAGACUUAGGGUUGUCGAAGACAGGAAUCGCACUUAGUAAAGGCUACACCUUUCGUCCUCUCACGGUUUUGAAAUCGAGAGGGCAGAAGCUCGAGACUAGACUGUUGGAAAUUGCAGAAGAAGAGGAGGUUGAUGAGUUCAUAAUCGGGUUGCCGAGAUCUUCUGACGGGAAAGAGACGGUUCAGUCUAAUAAAGUUCGAUCUGUCGCCGGUAGGCUUGCCGUUCAAGCUGCUGAGAGAGGUUGGAGGGUUUAUGUAUUGGAUGAGCAUGGGACAUCAUCAGAAGCUUCAGACAGAAUGAUUGUAAUGGGACUUGGCAAGAGUGAAAGGCAGAACAGAGAAGAUGCGUACGCUGCUGUGAUAUUAUUGGAGAGGUAUUUCUCUACACAAGGUCUAGGAGCGGAGAUUAUACUUCCCAAGAGUUUAGAUCUUCAAGAGAAGAUCAAGAACAGUUCACCUAAAGAUCCUGACUUUUUACCAGGAAAGCUCGAGGAGUUUUACAGAUUCUAAAGUAGUUUGCUUUCAUUAUCCUCCUUGUGGAUUCUUUGAUUUCAUAUAAACACAACAAUAAGGUUCUUUUGCCUAUGAUCUUGUUAGUUCCUCUACCAAAAGAUCCUAUUUUUCCUCUGUUUCACAAGUCAGAACAGAGUAUAAGUAAACUGGUGAAACACAAGUGACAUACGUGUACACAUCUUAGUCCACUCAAAGUGGAUAAUAGAACUCUUUCGCACGUGCGAGAUUAUAUAUUGUUUUAUGAA